AUGGCAGUGAAUGUGUACUCCACAAAUGUGACGUCGGAAAAUUUAUCAAGGCAUGAUAUGUUGGCGUGGGUGAAUGACUGUCUUCAAUCGAACUUCGCUAAAAUCGAGGAGCUCUGCACGGGCGCCGCUUAUUGCCAGUUCAUGGAUAUGCUGUUCCCUGGCAGUGUACCCAUGAAAAGAAUUAAGUUCAAGACAAACUUAGAGCAUGAAUACAUACAGAACUUUAAAAUUCUUCAAGCUGCUUUCAAAAAAAUGUCUGUAGAUAAGGUAAUACCAGUGGACAAGCUGAUUAAGGGGAGGUUUCAAGAUAAUUUUGAGUUUUUGCAGUGGUUUAAAAAGUUUUUUGAUGCAAACUAUGAUGGAAGGGAGUAUGAUGCGUUUGACGCCCGUGGUGGCCUAACUAUUGGUUCGGGGGCGUGUGAGAGCGGGGUGCCUCUGUGUGUCUCCGCAGCGCCUCCACGAGUGCGUCGCGCUGCGCCCUUACAUCAUUCGGGCAUACCCAUUGACAGACUGGUGAAGGGUCGGUUUCAAGAUAACUUUGAGUUCUUGCAAUGGUUCAAGAAAUUUUUUGAUGCCAACUAUGGAGGCACGGAGUACGACGCAAUGGCACAGCGCGAAGGCCUGCCAAUGGGUCACGGAGCCCCGGGAGCUCCGCCCAGGGCUGUUCCCGCUGCCGUUAAGAAACCGACCGCUCCUGUCGCUAAAGUCGCAGCCAGACCCCAAACCAUUAUGAAGGCAAAUAGCACAGUGAGGUCUCCGCCAAUGAAUCCAUCGAGAUUAACUCAAAGUGGUAAAGGAGAUGCUAAAGUAAUAGAUGACUUACAACACCAGGUAAGCGAAUUAAAAGCAACUGUUGAUGGAUUAGAAAAGGAAAGAGACUUUUACUUUGGUAAGCUUCGGGAUAUAGAAGUAAUCUGUCAAGAGAUGGAGGACCAGCAUAAUGCCCCAAUAGUUCCAAAGAUUUUGGACAUUUUAUAUGCAACUGAGGACGGAUUCGCGCCACCAGAAGAGGAGGACGGUGACAACCCUCACCCGCCCGAAGAAGACGAAUAUUGA